AGCAGAGACAGAAGGGGCACUUUCAAGCCACGGCCUGCAGGUGUAUUUUGAUCUAAAACACAUCUUGUAGAUCUGAUCAGCCUCAUUCAGACCCAGGAAGAAUGGCCAUGAGCUGGAUUGUCUUUUGUCUUUGGCUCUUGACUGUGUUUGUGGGGCAGAUAGGUGGGCACAGUUUAUUUUCUUGUGAACCUAUAACCUUGAGGAUGUGCCAAGAUUUGCCUUAUAAUACUACCUUCAUGCCUAAUCUUCUGAACCAUUAUGACCAACAGACAGCAGCUUUAGCAAUGGAGCCAUUCCACCCUAUGGUGAACCUGGAUUGUUCUCGGGAUUUCCGGCCAUUUCUUUGUGCACUCUAUGCUCCUAUUUGUAUGGAAUAUGGACGUGUCACACUUCCUUGUCGUAGGCUGUGUCAGCGGGCCUAUAGUGAGUGUUCAAAGCUCAUGGAGAUGUUUGGUGUCCCUUGGCCUGAAGAUAUGGAAUGCAGUAGGUUUCCAGAUUGUGAUGAGCCAUAUCCCCGACUUGUUGAUUUGAAUUUAGUUGGAGAUCCAACUGAAGGAGCCCCAGUUGCAGUGCAGCGGGAUUAUGGCUUUUGGUGUCCACGAGAGUUGAAAAUUGAUCCUGAUCUUGGCUAUUCCUUUCUGCAUGUGCGAGACUGUUCACCACCGUGUCCCAAUAUGUACUUUAGGAGAGAAGAGCUGUCAUUUGCUCGUUAUUUCAUAGGCCUGAUCUCAAUCAUUUGCCUCUCUGCCACGUUGUUUACUUUUUUAACCUUUCUGAUUGACGUCACAAGAUUCCGUUAUCCUGAGAGACCUAUCAUAUUUUAUGCAGUCUGCUACAUGAUGGUAUCAUUAAUUUUCUUCAUUGGGUUUUUGCUUGAGGACCGAGUAGCCUGCAAUGCAUCUAGCCCUGCACAGUAUAAAGCUUCCACAGUGACACAAGGAUCUCACAACAAGGCUUGUACCAUGCUUUUUAUGGUCCUCUAUUUUUUCACUAUGGCUGGCAGUGUAUGGUGGGUAAUUCUUACCAUCACAUGGUUUUUAGCAGCCGUGCCAAAGUGGGGUAGUGAAGCUAUUGAGAAGAAAGCAUUGCUCUUUCAUGCCAGUGCCUGGGGCAUCCCUGGAACUCUAACUAUCAUCCUUUUAGCGAUGAAUAAAAUUGAAGGUGACAAUAUUAGUGGCGUGUGUUUUGUCGGCCUCUACGAUGUUGAUGCGUUAAGAUAUUUUGUUCUUGCUCCCCUCUGCCUGUAUGUGGUAGUUGGGGUUUCUCUCCUCUUAGCCGGCAUUAUAUCCCUAAAUAGAGUUCGGAUUGAGAUUCCAUUAGAAAAGGAAAACCAAGAUAAAUUAGUGAAGUUCAUGAUCCGGAUUGGUGUUUUCAGCAUUCUUUACCUUGUACCACUCUUGGUUGUAAUUGGAUGUUACUUUUAUGAGCAAGCUUACCGAGGCAUCUGGGAAACAACCUGGAUACAAGAACGCUGCAGAGAAUAUCACAUUCCAUGUCCGUACCAGGUUACUCAGAUGAGCCGUCCAGACCUGAUUCUCUUUCUCAUGAAGUAUCUGAUGGCUCUCAUAGUCGGGAUUCCCUCUAUUUUUUGGGUUGGAAGCAAAAAGACAUGUUUUGAAUGGGCCAGUUUUUUCCAUGGUCGUAGGAAAAAAGAGAUAGUGAAUGAGAGCCGGCAGGUGCUUCAGGAACCUGACUUUGCUCAGUCACUUCUGAGAGACCCAAAUACUCCUAUUAUAAGAAAAUCAAGAGGAACUUCCACUCAAGGGACGUCCACACAUGCUUCUUCAACUCAGCUGGCCAUGGUGGAUGAUCAAAGAAGCAAAGCAGGGAGCGUCCACAGCAAAGUGAGCAGCUACCAUGGCAGCCUCCACAGGUCACGUGAUGGCAGGGCCUUGCACAUGGUACACUCCCUGCAGUUACCGAGGAGUGGAGGAGAGACUACCUCACGGCAGCAUGUCACGGCUGACGGAUCACUCCAGGCACAGCAGUUCUCAUCGGCUCAACGAGCAGUCACGACACAGCAGCAUCCGAGACCUCAGUAACAACCCCAUGACGCACAUUACACACGGCACCAGCAUGAACCGUGUUAUUGAGGAGGAUGGGACCAGUGCUUAGUCUUGUCUAAGGUGAAGUGUGUGCUGUUAAAGAGCAGGUUGUAUAGUCUUUGCCUUCGCAUGGCUGGCUGUUGUAACUCGCUGUCACCCUGCUUGCAAUUGGGCAGGCUGUGCCCACUGCAAAGGUAGAUAGAUCUUUGCUCUUUGUAUGACAUCAAACUUGGAACGUGAACACAUCCAAAACAUUAAGACUCAUAUCAUCACAAAAAUAAUUCUUUGUAGGUUGUGAAGAGAUGAUUGUCUGGUAAGCAUUUUUAUAAACCCACUUAUUUUAUAUUUAGAAAAGUCCUAUAUGUGUGGUGACUGCUUUGUAGUGAACUUUCAUAUAAUAUGAACUAGUUGUGAAAUGACAUUCUGGUAGCUCUGUUAAUAAAACAAAGUUUCAGAAUUAAAAAGAAUUUCUAUGCAAGGUUUACUUCUCAGAUGAAUACUAGGACUUUGUAGAUUUAUUUCCACUGAGUAAAAAAAGGAACUGUUUGUAAACCAUAGAAGACUUUGAUAAGCCAGCAAGGGUAUUUUAGCUAAUAGGAUAACAGUGCCACAGAAGAUACAGUUGGCCUAUGGAAGGUUCUCUCAAAGUCUGUCGAUCUUCCCCCAGAGAUAUUUAGGAUGUGGAUUAGCACUGGAGUGAAGGCAGAGAGAAGCAUUUCCCCUGCAGUUGUAUUGUUUUUUACUUUUGUAAAUAUUGCUUUUAUUGGCUAUGUUUUUAUAAUAUCCAUAUGCAUGAUAGAAAAUUUUUAAUUUGUGGUCAUUUUUCCCAGGAAAUAGUAUUGAUUCAUAGACAAUUCCAUGUUCAGAUAUGUUCUGUGGAGGCAUGCAGUUAUAAGCAUCACACAUUAUAAAGGUUUUUAGUGGUAAACAAAUUACAAAAUGGCAAAAUAUUUUCUCUGUAUUCAUUGUUGUAUUUUUCUACAGUGAGAUGUGACCUUGCCAAAGCCAUCAGACCUUGGUGUGCAGGCCUCCUGCAGUGAGUUGAUUGUCUGCACUCGGUUCCCCAGUAGCCAGCUGACUACAGCUUUUGUCCUACAUCCCUGUUUUCAGUUUCUAGAUUAUUGUUGUUUACAUCUGAAAUAUUAUAAACAAAGUCCAAAAUGGUGAUGAAUUUGGGUUCUUGAAAAUCACUGUAGCUAAGUGGAGCAUGGUUACUCUUUCUGUGAAUACCUAUUAGUCCUAAAAAUAGCAAGUAAAAACUCUUGACAUUUUAUCUUGUAAAGCUUAAAUGACUUAGGAUAUAAACUGUGAACUUUAUUGGGAUAUAUACUGAUCAGAAAGGAAAAUCCUAGAAAAUGUUACUAUGUUACUCAGAAAACACAAGUGGUCCUUGGCCCUGAUUGCAGGGAAGAUCACUCUGGAGCCUCCUAACAGCCAGCGUCUUCCUCUCAGGUGAGAGCUGAUGCUUUAAAAACAAGCGGCUUCAGGUGACUAUCAGUGUCGCCAGGCGGGAAGCCCGUUCUUUCUUUCCUAAUGAUGGGCUGAUGGCAUCACAUUCAGUCCUGGGGAGAUCUAGCCACACUCA